CGCAAUGAUGCGGAGCUAGCAGCUACGGUUUCAGUUUAGCGUAUUUGAGCUUAUUUUUAUUUCUAAAUGCAGCAAAUGGUCUGGAUUGUUUGGGUUAAGUGAAUAUUGUAUACAUUUAAUCUAUAUUUGUAAGCAUUGUGUGUCGAUUCAAUGGUUUUAAAUAACACUGUCUGCUUAUUGCGUGUCAUUAGCCUUUUGGUUUUUAGCCUUAACAGCUCAAAACAACGCUGGAGCUCAAAUUACAAACAAUCCUGUCUGUUUUCGACUUAAUAUUAUUUAUGUCUAUGAACGAUUACCUCUCUUAGACGUUUCUAAGCUCAUAUUGCUAGUGCUAGCCGUGCUGGAGAGCCAGUUUGGCGACAAUGUGAGGCGUGUGGUGCGGGGAGCAGGAUGGACAGAGACUUGUUGCGGCAGUGUCUGGUCCAUCAUGGAGAGACGCUGUUCAACAAACUCAAAUGUGAGCAAACGGAGAACCCGGACUUCCAGGCGGUGGUGACGGACCUGUGCAAAGCCACGUAUGACGGAAGCAGAGCUGAGGAACAUGCCAGUCCACUGGUGGAGCAGUUCAUCGCCAGGAAGGCUGACAUUCUCUUCUGCCCAGCAUGGAAGACCGCCGACCCGCCACCACAGGACGAAGAGGAGGAGGACGGAGAGCCCUAUGCCAUCAUGCCGCCAGUGGAGUUAUUCAUGGAGUUGCCGUAUGAGGAGAGAAGAUCCAUGAUGUACCGGGACUUGGAGAGAGGAGACGUUGUGGUGGGACGCAUCAACAACAUUCGGGAAUAUGGCUUCUUCCUCACGCUGCUGUGCAUGGCAGGAGGCCUGAAGAGAGACAUAGAGGACCUGGAACUUUCUGCUCUCUGCCAUGUCAAGGAAAUCCCCUCCACCAGCAGCCAUGAUGAUCCUCUCUCCUACUAUCAGAUCGGAGACUUGAUUAAAGCUGGAGUGAAAGACAUCGAUCGGUUCCAGGAGAAGAUCACAGUGUCCCUCCACCCGGCCUCGCUCUCUCCCAACCUGGUUCACAUCAAGCUGGGCGUCAUAACCAGAGAAGAUCUGCCCAUACAUUACAGUCGUAGCGUUCGCGCCGCCGCCGACUCCAGCGAGACGUACGAACGAAUCCUCACCAGGUGCCACGGCUGCGAAAACCCGUCUGUGGUGGAGUAUCUGCUGCAGAAGGUGGGAAUCAGUGACACCAACCCGCCGUCGAUGAUGAGAGGGUUACAGUGUAAACUUUUCCAGGAGGAGGAUUUUGCUUUGGCAAUCAGAAAGAAGCAGUCUGCAUCCUGGGCCCUGAAGUGUGUUCGCGCAGGUGUGGACCACUUCAAACAUGGCCGCCACGUGGAAGCCAUGAACGAAUACAACAAAGCUCUGGAAAUCGACACCAAUAAUGUGGAAGCGCUGGUGGCACGAGGAGCUCUAUAUGCUAACAAAGGCAGCAUCGUGAAGGCUAUCUCGGACUUCGAGCUGGCUCUGGAAAACUGUCCGGACCACCGGAACGCCAAGAAGUACCUCUGCCAGACUCUGGUGGAACGAGGAAAACAACUGGAAGAGCAGGAGAAACUGGUGACAGCGGAGGGAUUGUACAGGAGAGCCUCGUCUCUCGAUGACUCCAAUCUUGAGGCCAAAGACGCCCUGCGCAACAUCAAUGACACCAUUCAGAAAUCGAUUCGCUUGCGAGAAGAAGCGCUCGCUAAGGAGGAAGUCAAAGCGACGAGCAGCCAGACCAGCGCUGAGAAAUUACGUAAGAUCUUAAAGGAGGAGAAAAGGGCGAAGAAGAAACGCCCCAAAAAGCGAUCCGCUUCCUCCUCCUCGUCCUCCUCCAGCAGCAGUAGUUCUUCUUCCUCGACGUCUUCCUCGUCCCACAGGAGGUCUAAGAAGAAAAAGAAAAAGCGGAAAAAGUCCGGGCGAAGAAGAAGCAAGCACCGCCGGAGGAAGAGUGAGGAGGGUAAGAGCGGGAAAGGCAGGAUGGAGAAAGAGGAGGAGGAGGAGUUGGAGUGGUUUCCCGCGCCUCCCAACACCUCCGCUACUUUCCUCAACCAAAAGGGCGGCCUGGUGUUUGGAGGGGCGGAGGAGGACGGGGUGGGGGGCGACGGGAAAAUCAGCCGGCUGUAUUCUCUGGCAGCAGCUUCAGAGGGGGAAGAGUCGGAUUCUUCCCACAGGCAGGGGAAGAGGAGGGACGGAGCGGAGAGACGGAAAACCAGCAUAAGCCCGAAGAGAGACAGGAGGACAGAGAGCAGGGAAAGAUGGAGGGAGGAGAGCAGAGGAGGAUGGAGAGAAAGAAGCAGCGUGGAGGAGAAUCACACCAGGAAACUAUCCAGCUCUUCAGCUGAGGUGGAGUUUUCCCGGAAACCGGAAUAUUCCGUAAGGAACAGGAUUAGACGCGACUCCUCCACCAGGAGCUCCUGCGAUGGCGGUAGGUACGAGAGUAAGGAAGAGGCGGAGAGAGAGAGAACGUCGGAUCCGGAACAGAGUGAAAAACCGGAGAGUUCUGGAGAUCAGAACGGCCAGAGAGACAGAAACAAGAAGAACCUCCCGUCCAACCUGCUGGACAUUUUCAACCAGAUCGCUCAGUUCGAGAAAGAAAAGGGCGUGAAAGCAAAAAAAUAAAGAGUCCACCACAAAACCAGAACCACGACAGCGUGUCAGGGCCACUGGAGGUAUAAAUGCAUAAAAAAGGACAUAAAUCUAGAUGUUUGUGACACGAACCGGCAAAAAUUAGUAUCAAAAAACAACAAAAUUUGUGAUUUUUCUCAAAAAUUUACUAGAAUAAAUGAGACAUUUCUGAACUUCAGCAGGUAAUGAUCUGCAUCAAAAGGGAGAAAAUUUGAAUAAUUUCACAUAUUUUCUAGAAGAAACUUUUAAAUUACCCUUAAAUUUUUUAUUUUUAGAAAUUUUCUGUUUCAAAAGUGAAACAUUUUCAUUUUUUUGAGUAAUACAUUUGUAAUUUUUGUUUUUUCAAAAAGUUUCUGGGAUUCAUUUUAAAAAUUUUCGUUUUUUCUCACAAAUUCGGACAUUCACUUUUCUUUUUAGAACGUUUCUGAGAUUAAUCUCAAAAUGUCUGAGUUUUUUUUGCAACGAUUUGAGCUCAGAAAUUAGUUUUACUUUUGAAAACUGCUGAGCUCAAACUCAAAAUAGUUUUGGUGGAAAUGUUCUCCUUUUUCACAUUUACACGCAGCGGCCCUGAUUGGCCGUCACGCAGAAGAGACAAAAUGAGAGGAAAAAUGAAAUUUGUUCAGUUGAAUUUUUGUUCAUGAAAUCCUCCAGGGCCAAACCUCUUGCUUGUUGAUCUUUUUACUUUCAGUGUUGAAUAAAUGAAUAGUUUACACGACACGUCUUACCUCUCCUGAUAAAACCCACUCUUAGUUUCCGCUAAAAUAUUUUGUCAAAACGUCACGAAGACAUGAUUUGUUUACGACCCGUCUUCCGUUGUGACCUGUCUCUGUGAUUUCCCCGUUUACAGGAGAACCGUUGAUUAUUUUGACAAAUUACUGCAAUGACAUUUUUAGUUUUAUUUUAUUUUACUGUUUGUUUUUUUAAUGAAACAAGUUGCCUUUUGUUCUGCUGUGUGCCAUGCUGCAACUUCCUCUGCACAAAAAGCAGACGGUUAUGCUUCUAUUCGUUCUCUUUUUUUAUUUUUGCCUUAACACGAUGCAGUCGUUUCAGCUGUAAUCAGAGAGUAUGUCGCCUGUCAUAAAGUCAUCUAAUAUGAACCAAUAAAAGCAUUUAACCUGUGCAACGUUAA